AUGAACCACUACUGCCGCGCCAUCCAGCCUGAUUUCCUUGGAGCAUCAGCACCCAUACAUGCUCCGAGAGACUCAAGAGAUUGGCGUGCUCUUAUGUGCUCAGUUGUUUUGCCCCCUAAAUGCAUGUUUUACUCGAACCGGGUUACUGAAGCUGCUCGGAUGGCAUCCUAUUUGCUUCCCUCUUCUCCACACGCUUCACGGCAGCGAGUGCUUUUGAUAUCUCCAGAUAACUAUUGA